UUUUAAUAUUAUUUUUAGAAUAAUUGAAGGCUUAAAUUAGACUGAGUAUUUACUGAGUUAUAAAUGAUGGAAGUACGCUUUUUACGUAAUAAACGCACAAUGGACAACUCCAAAGAUAAUGAAAUUGCUGAUCAGAAAUUGCCUCCAGAACCAGUAUUAGUUUCACCAGAGAACCUGCCAUCAGGCGAACGUGAUAUUUUUAGAGAUACUUAUAUUCGUUAUUUGGGAUAUGCAAAUGAACUAGGUGAAGCAUUCAGGCCUUUGGUAAAUAGUACUGUCGUUACUGCAUCUUAUGGAGUAUCCACUGCCUAUGUUUUAGCUGAUACAUGGGAUAAGGCAAAAAAAGCAUCAAAAAAACCCGGAUCGAAGUCUAAAGAUGUUAUUAUAUCAGCAGUUGAUACACUCCUAUGGCAAGGGUUUGCAUCUAUUAUAGUACCAGGAUAUACUAUAAACAGGAUAACUCAUUACACAUCCAAAUUUAUGCGAGGGAGUAAUUUUGGUAAAAUGGCUCAAAUAAUGCCUACAGCUGUUGGAUUAUUAUCUAUACCUCUUAUAAUAAAACCCAUCGAUCACAGUGUGGAUCUUGCUAUGGAUUACACAUACCGUAAAAUCUUUUAACUCAAAUAAAUAAUGAAUAUUGAUUUCUAGUUGAUAAAUGAUGACUUGUUUCAAGAUGUGAUACCUAAAUAUGAAAGGAUAAUUGUUAUGCAUGAAAUGUCUCAUUUACCAUUGUGAUUUUUAUUUAAUCGCACAA